ACCCUAUACAACAAUACCAGUAGUAACAACAAGCCAUAAGGAUGUUCCACACUCGUCUCAUCUCCAACUCGAUCAGUUCGACAAGUUGAAUCUUGCAGGCCUGUUACCACCGACCGCCAUGGCCAAUUUGUUUCCAUACACUUUCAUUUCUUGCCCCUGUUCUGAUGUCUCUCGAAGGGCGUUGACUUCCAAGAGACUCUCGCGCGAGGUGGACUUGGACCAACAAAUUCAGCAAGAUGAAGAAACGUUCGACUCUCGACAACCUCGAUCAUCCUUUUCGCUAUUCCCCCCUGAAAAUCUACUCUACUGUGAAGAAUGUCACGACAUCAAAUGUCCGCGGUGUGUGACGGAAGAAAUCAACGCCGUGUACUGUCCAGAUUGCUUGUUCGAAAGUCCAAAGGUCAUGGUCAGAGGCGAAGGCAACAGAUGUCCACGCAACUGCUACCACUGUCCCAUAUGUACAUCUCAGAUGAUCACAACUUCUGUGGGAGACCCGAAGGAAGGACCGUUCAUUCUCAACUGCAAUUACUGCAUGUGGAAUACCCUUGACGUCGGCCUCAAAUUCGACAAGCCAACCGGCAUCCGUACUCAGAUGGACGAUCUCUCGAACGGAGCCAAACCGAGGUCGUCCAGUAUCAAAUCUCCAUACUCGUCGGGUCAAGACCAACCUCCCCGAAAAUCCUCCCUCGCAUUGCCACCUUUUUCUCCCUCCGACCAGACUGAGCCGCCCGAAUCCACAAACAGGACAAUGCCACGAGCACCACUGGAUUCGGCAUCUAGGUUUAAUGCUCUCAAGACAUUUUACAAGGACCAAAUCGCAGAAUCGUCCGCUACCGAUGUCGACUUCCCAACGUCGGCACUUGACAUGGCCUAUUCCUCGCCCUCGUCCCUUCAAAGAAUCAUGAACAUCUACACCAACCCGUCAAGUUCCUUGAAGCGCUCCCGUCAGAAACUCACCAUAAUGCGCGAGGCCAGAACGCGAGACGAAGGGUUCAAAGUCGUAGAACCUUCUUCAGGACCAAUUUUGGACUACGAAGAGACCACGACCUCUUCACAACGGGCAUUCCAGUAUCCAUCCUUCAUAGGCAACCCGGACGCUCUGGGGGUUUCGGACCUCAAACCGAUGCCUACGCUCAUGCGCACGAAGCGCUCCAAACGCUGCGCGGCUUGCAAACACAUCCUCACGCGACCCGAGCUCAAGAUCAGCUCGGCUCGUUACCGCAUCAAACUCAUCGCCCUCAACUACAUCCCCUACGUGACCGUCAAACCACUCCCCGUGUCUGGGGGCUUACCACCUCCGGGGCCCGACGGAGCCGACCUCCUCCUCUCGGCCGGCAAACCCGUCCAGUUCAUCAUGACCCUGCGCAACCCGCUCUUCGAGGACGUGAGUGUCGGCCUCGGCAGCCCGAGUGUGACCCCCGGCAAGCACGGCCACCGGGUGACGAUACUGUGCCCUCAGUUCCAGAUCGGCAAAAACAGCGACGCGUGGGACGAUGCCUUGAACAGCAACAGUCACAAUACUACCGGCGGUAACAAUGCUGCCAACAAUAACAACAGAGGCAUGGUCAAUGCUUCCGGGGGCGAACAGAUCGCCGGCAAAUUGUACGACCAGGGCAGGAACUGGGUGAGUGUGGUGCUCGAGAUCGUCCCGGCCACCAUCUUCAGGAGACAAGGCGAGGUCUUGGAGGAAGACGAGGACGUGAUCGAGAUCCCCAUCCGGGUGAGGUUGGAAUGGACGGUCACGGACGAGGAUGCGAUGAUCGAGCGACGCAAAAAGGACAAGCUCCUCGAGGAAGGCGAAGACGCCGACGACGGGAAGAGGGAACUGAGUUAUUGGAUGGUCUUGGGCAUUGGGCGAGUCGAUUGUUGAAGUGAGUAGGCGAUUAAAGCGGGCGUCUUUUCAAUGAUACCCCAGAUGGAAUUGUUUUGUUUCUGUCGGUGACACUCACACAACACCAUUGCUUUUUUUUUUCUUUUGUGGAUUCAAGUGGCUUGUCGGCGUUGCUUGUUUCUAUCAGAACCGUAGUACAUACACAGC